GUGCGUGCUCACCGGCAUCCGCACCCAGCUGCACGGGAAUCUCCCGGGAUUGGAGCAGCCCCCUUUGCAUCGAUCAGACCGACUGCGAGGAGGAGACCCAAUGCAGCGAGCGUAUUCGAAUAGUGGGUACAUGCGAAUCACAUCCUGUUGCAUGAAAACACUUGGAAUCGAAGGCAGAUUUCGAAAUGCCGUGUGAGAGGAGGUGGCUCUGAUGCAUUGUGGAAUAUAAUUAGCACCAGACAAUGAGUCGCCACAUCUGAAAGUUUUUUUUUUUUUUUUUUUUUUUUUCCAUCUUACAUCGUGGGUUUGCCUAAACCCUGGCCUCACGUGUCGAUCGCAUUGGCUCAUGUCCGCGAAGCCCUAAAUCUAUCGGAGCUGAGAAUCCGCAGAGCUUGCUGUAUCCUACUUCUUCAGGGUUUGAGUCUUCCUACGUUCUACCACUUAACAGAUUUCUAUGAGUGUGUCGACAAUUUAGCAAGUAGAAAUUUGGAUAUUAGAGUUGGAUUAAGCGAAGUUGAAGAAUGAGGGAAGUGGUGACCGUGCAGCUGGGCGGCUUUGCCAACUUUGUGGGUGCUCACUUCUGGAACUUCCAGGACGAAGUUCUUGGAUCACUUGAAGAUGGAGGCCAGAUUGGAUUGGAUAUGGACGUUCUUUAUAGAGUUGGUGAAACUCGACAGGGUAUAGCAACAUAUAUGCCACGAUUGCUUGCACUUGAUCUUCGUGGGAGUUUGGGUGCAGUGCGAGCUGCAGGAUCUCUGUAUGAGUAUUCGCCACAGCUUCAGUCCUCUUCUGUUAACACAUGGACUGGACCGACAGUUGUACAUAGACACGAAGCUAUUCCGAAGAAUGAUUUCCUUAAGUACUUGGAUGCGGAAUCGGAAGGAUGGAAUGCUGGAGAUCACAGCAAUCAACCUAGUUUUUCUAGUAUCGAGUUCCAAUCAACUAAUGUUCCUGAGAGUAGCCGGUCAAGGGACAUUGCUCCCUCAGAAGAAACCAAAGAGAGGUCCCUGGUAAAAUCUUUGGAUGGUUCUGUUGAGUUCUGGACAGAUUAUCUUAAGGCGCAUCUACACCCCCGGAGCGUGUAUGAGCUACCGAAUACUUUUCACGGUGUCACUCCGUUUGAUAACUACUCAUGUGGUCAAGGCUUUUUUAAGGAGCAAGAGCAGCUUGAGGAAGUGGAGAAUCGUUUACGUUUCUUCGUUGAAGAGUGUGACCAUCUACAGGGUUUUCAAUUCAUGGUUGACAAUUCAGGGGGCUUUGCUGCAGUUGCAGCUGAUUUUCUGGAAGCCGUGGGGGACGAAUACAACCGAACUCCACAUUUACUGUUUUCCUUGAGGCCUCCUUGGUCACCUCCAUCAGCCAGCCACCGAGAUGCAGUUAUUGCUAGUCUCCAUGAAUCGGUCUCUCUUGCUCGCCUGUCCUCUCUUACGAACCUUCUUGUACCAGUUGGUCUUCAGCAGCUUGCAUCAAGUCAAUUUUCAAAGUAUACUUGUGUAAAUGACUCGAAGAUUUUCCAUACAAGUGCUCUCUAUGCAACAGCGUUAAACACCAUCACCCUGCCUUUCCGUAUGCAAGUCUCAGGGCCAACUGAGGCCUCUCAACAAAAAGGGGUUGGUAGUAGUGACAUGAGCAAUACAGUCAGGCUUGUCUCAUGCUCCCAGCAGAAAAAAAUUGCCCUUCUCGAAGCUGCAGUUCCUGGGCCACCCCUACCUGUAGUUGGAACGCCAGGAGCUUUUGACUUGACGUCACUAUCAUCCCUGACACCGGACGUGGACCAGUCGUAUUUUGGUACCCAAGCUGCAGAAGCACUUGUUAUUCAAGGGGCUCGAAUAUCAGGUGGAGGAGGCUCGGCGUCUGUGGCGCAAGUGCUAGAAUGCACUUACACUGGAAAGCCUGCUAAUCGAAGAGGAGCAAUAUCUUACUGUCAACUUUCAGUUUCUCCCAACCCGGUUCCAAUUCCCGUACCUUUUCCUUGUAUUUUUGGCCCUAACAUAAGUGCCAGAGGGGACAUAUUGCCAAAUUCGAUAGCAUCGGUUGCAGGAAGAGGGGGUCUCGAUAUUCUGUCUAUACCAGUCGCAGCAAGGUUGACAAGCAGGGACUCUCUAUUACCGUAUGUGAAAGGGCGUCUGAUGAGUUUUCGCAAACUGGGACUUUCACGGGCAUCAAUUGGGGGUGGCGUACUAGAGGACUGGGGUUUUAUGAAGGAGGAGGUUCAGGAUUUAGCUGAAGUGUUGGGUAACCUAGCUGGUGCCUACAGUGAUAGGAUGCAUGCCAGUUCAACGGAUUCUGAUUAAGCAUACCAAUGUUUUCCCAGCUUCAAUGAUCUCAUGGCAUCUCCAUAUAAUUAAGGUUGCAGUGAAGUUGCAGUGAAGUUGCAGUGACUACAACUGGCUUAAACGAUGAUGGUAUUUACGCGUACCUUUCAACAGGUAAAGCAUGGGAAGCCACUGUAUGCGAUUUCCGGUUCUCACGACUUCUGAAGAACUGCCAAGUGUGACUUUGAAUCUCAAUGGGAAUCGCAUGAUAUUUUUGGCCCAGUUAAUACUCUUCUUUAGUUUUGUGCUGUAACAUUUUUGGAAAAUAGUUUUCCAGUACCACGAAUCAGAACCGACCAAGCAAGCGGUGAUCACUACUCUUCAAUUUGUCCUAGUAGUGCUCCACUGGAAUUUUUGAGUAAGCGAGCGCCAUGUGUUUAUUUAGUGUGCAGAGAAUUCAUCUACGUGGUGAAAGCACCCGAACUUUUGUGAUAGCUCGAUUUUUCACCUUAUCUUCAUCGAGAUGCACUAAUACGUUUCUUCUUCGUCCUAUUUCUCAUUCCUGGUCAUUCAUCACCGCUUUCGUAUAAGCGGAGGCGAAUUUUUGGCCAUGGCGCAAGCAGUCUUCGCAGGGUCUUAAGGGCCUGACGCUUGGAAGGGAAUGAAGCUACUGUAGUGGAGGGCAGUGUAAAUUCUUGAGACCUGGUGUAUAAUUGUUGGAGUGGCGAUCGAGCAUAGGACAUGAUGUUUGUCUCACACAGCAGUCCGUGCACCUUACCCACUUCAUUACAUCAUUAGCAAAGAUAACGUCUAACACAUACAACUAAGAUAAUUUUACCUUGUACUACUUGUGCAUGUUUGUUUGGCUUAGCACAAGUAAUCAAUACAUUUUUUGUGGAAAUAGAUGUGCAGAGAAAGAUUUUUGGAUAGAAAGAUUUCUUGUUUUAUGUACUAAGUUUUCAAUACCAUGUAUGUGUUGUGUAUAAAA